UUUGUUUUGAAUAUUAACAUUAAAUAUGUGAGGUGAUAUCUUUGACUGCCCUUUUGAUUAUAAAUGCUGUUCUAACCACGAAUGAAUCAGAACUUAUGAGACCUGACCUUUUGUACUUGAAACUUGGAUGAUAGUGGUGAUUGUUAUAGUAGGAAUUGUGGCAGUCUCAGCUGGGAUAGGUGCUAUUGUGUUCUUUUGUAUUAGGUCUCGAAAGAGAGCAAGCCAGAAUAGGUAUUAUCAGAUGCAUAAACAACAUCAGUAUAAUCCACAGCAAGCAUUUCCUACUCCUCAGUACCAACAACCGAAUGUUACCGGGCAACCAGUGUACAAUCCCUCUUCACCAGUGUAUAAACAGCCAGGAGCAUAUAAUAACCAAGUUGGAUUUAGGCCAGCUCAAAAUCAAAACUUGACCCAGCCACAGACCCAGUUUCCACAAAAUUAGAUUUUUCAAUUGAUUAGAUGUGA